AAACGGUGGCUCUGGAAAAAGGCUGGGCGCGAGAUUCGGCGGCAGGGACUAAGAAGAAGAAAAGUAGCCCAUCCGGCGAGUGUGGCGGCGCUCCGAAGGAGUCGCCGGAGAGCCGAGAAGUGACAGCGCAACCGGGCCAGCGGGAGGACGCCGCAGACGCCGAGCUCUUGCCGACCCUUUUCCCAAGAGCAGGGGCUGGGUUAGUGCCAUGUCCUCCGUUCGAGGGGCCAGGCACGGCCGCAGCUAAAGCGCCGGACUCGCUCUCGGGGCACUGCCGGCCCCGGCUGCUUGAGAGCCUUCGGCCGGUGAUCUCCCCGCUCCCCCUUCCUCGCCUUAUGGUGCGCGCCAAGGAUGGCGAAGAGGCCGCGCAGCUUGCACUUUGCAGUGAGGAAGAUGAUGAUGAUCUUCACUAUGCAGAUCAUGACUAUGAAGUACCACAACAAAAAGGCAUAAAGAAGAUUUGUAAUAGAGUAAAAUGGACACGUGAUGAGGAUGAAAAGCUGAAAAAAUUAGUGGAACAGCAUGGAACGAGUGAUUGGACAUUCAUUGCUAGUCAUCUACAAAAUCGUUCUGAUUUUCAGUGCCAGCAUCGAUGGCAGAAAGUCCUAAACCCAGAACUGGUUAAAGGUCCUUGGACUAAGGAGGAGGAUCAGAGGGUUAUUGAGCUUGUUCAGAAAUAUGGUCCAAAACGCUGGUCUUUGAUUGCAAAGCAUCUAAAAGGAAGAAUAGGGAAGCAGUGUCGAGAGAGAUGGCAUAAUCAUCUUAAUCCUGAGGUUAAAAAAUCUUCAUGGACUGAAGAGGAGGACAGAAUCAUCUAUGAAGCUCACAAACGUUUGGGAAACCGGUGGGCUGAAAUAGCAAAACUACUUCCUGGAAGGACUGACAAUUCAAUAAAAAAUCAUUGGAACUCUACGAUGAGAAGAAAAGUUGAACAAGAAGGAUAUUUACAAGAUGGAAUCAAGACAGAACGACCUUCCGCAAAACUGCCACACAAAACUUGCUCUUCUAAUGAUCAUCUUCAUACCCAGAAUCAGUUUUAUAUACCAGUUCAGGCACAUAUUCCAGGGUACCAGUAUAUGUCAAUAGAAGGCAACUGUAUAGACCAUGUUCCAACUUCUUCCAGCUUUAUUCAGCCAUUUGAUGAUGAUCCUGACAAAGAGAAGAAAAUAAAAGAACUUGAGUUGCUACUUAUGUCAGCUGAAAAUGAAAUCAGAAGGAAGAGAGCCUCAUCUCAAGCUGGAAAUUUUUCUAGCUGGUCUGGAAGCUUCAUCAUGGAAGAUAUGUCAAAUACCCUGAAUAGCCUUGGGGAACAAGCAAAUGACUUUUACGCUAUAGAAGAAGCCCAGGUUGCAGGAGCUCAGCAGAACUCUCCGACCAAAUAUCUGGCUGUGGAGGCAAAUGCAGUUUUAUCAUCUUUACAAACCAUUCCUGAAUUCGCAGAGACACUAGAACUCAUUGAAUCUGAUCCUGUAGCAUGGAGUGACGUCACCAGCUUUGACCUUUCUGAUGCAGCUACUUCGCCAGUCAGUCAAGCACCCCUAAAACAGAUGCAGAUUCACCACAGCGAUGGGACCAUGGAGUGCCAAUUCAAUGUCAGUGUUGUACUUGAUGGCAAAAAAGCAAGUGAUGAAGAGGCAACUGUGUCAGCAUCCCCAAGAGCAACCAAAUUCAGCACCCCUCCUACCAUUUUGCGAAAGAAGAAGAAACCUAGAGCUGGACAGUCACCAGUCAGUGAACAGAAUGAUGUCUCAUGUAACAGUGUUCCCAAUAUUGCACUAAAACAAACACCAGUGAAAGCACUACCAUUUUCUCCAUCCCAGUUCUUUAACACAUGUUCUGGAAAUGAGCAGUUUAACCUUGAAAAUCCUGCAUUUACAUCAACUCCAAUCUGUGGACAGAAAGUUCUUAUUACAACUCCCUUUCAUAAUAAAGAAGUGACGCCCAAAGAUCAAAAAGAGAAUGCAGGUUUUAGGACGCCUACUAUUAGAAGAUCUCUUCUGGGUACAACACCAAGGACUCCAACUCCAUUUAAGAAUGCUUUAGCUGCUCAGGAAAAAAAAUACGGUCCUCUGAAAAUUGUGUCACAGCCACUUGCUUAUUUGGAAGAAGAUAUUAGAGAAGUUUUAAAGGAGGAAACUGGAACAGAUAUAUUCUUUAAAGAAGAGGAGGACUCUGUCUGUAAGGGCUCCAAACAAGAGAACCCUUCUGGAAAGAAAGUCAGGAAGUCAUUAGUCUUGGAUCCUUGGGAGAAAGAAGAGCUUGGUGCCCAGCUUUUUACAGAGAGCAAUAUUUUAGAUGCGCAGUCAGAAAAUAUCUAUACUACAUCACUUCUUAUGAUUCCAUUACUGGAAAUACAUGACAACAGGGGAAACCUGACUCCAGAGAAACAGGAUUCCAGCUCAGCAAAGAUGAAUGUAGCAAUGAAAAAAAAGCUAAAUACUUGCACUUCAAAAAAUGUCAAAACAGAAAAGAUGCUUCAGGCAAAUUGUGAAUGGGAAACUGUUGUUUAUGGAAAGACAGAAGAUCAGCUUAUCAUGACUGAGCAAGCAAGAAGAUACCUGAACACCUACACAGCUACUGGCAGCACUUCAAGGGCUCUGAUUUUGUGAUUGUUACAGAUGUACCGAUCUGUCGUUUCUGUUUCCUAUGGACAAUAUGCUGAAAUUUUUUCAGCGAUGUACAUUUUAUUCUUUUUGUAGGCACAAGGAUGCCUUAUAUGGGAGAACAAGUCUGUUUUUAGCAAAUGACAACUGUCACAUGUACACCUUUUUAAAAAUGAAUUUUAAAUGGUCUUUUUAAAACAAUCUAAAGGAAAUAGUGAAAGAAAUAACUUUUUUUUCUUGUUAAGCCAAUUUUUAAAUUAUUCUUUAGUACAUGCUUUAAUUUUUCUGUUAAGGAAUGUUUAAUGUAGAAUAGGUUUACAGGUACUUUGGAAAAAAUAACCUACACAAGUUUUUGGAAACGCUUUUGCUUAAAUGCUCAUUUACUUAUGUAGCAAUUUUAUAAAGAAACACAAAAGAAAGGAGACUCAUAGGAAGAAUAGAAGGUUGCACUACUAGUUCUAGAGUAUGCUGCACAGACUUAACUACAGUGUUAAAUAUAUUUAUUUGAGAAUGGUACUUCUAAGAAGAACGGCAAAGGGAAAAGUUGAAUUUUAUUUGGAGUAAUGCAUCAGUAUUCAUAAAUCUGCAACUGAGACCCAUUGUUGAAUGUAUUGUACAGCACGUAGGAGCUGGAAAGCUUUUGUAAAUUGGAAGGGCAUUUGUGUUUAAUUUAUUUUCAUUUUAAGGCAGCAAUCUCACAAAGCAUGCACACAUUCCUAC